AUUUGAAACAGCACAGAAGCGCUAGCGACGCCAACAUUGUGCAAACCGACGUCCACAGGGGCAGUCGCUCAGAUCGGUUGAGUAACGCGGCCAUAAAAUUAACCAGUUGACCAGGAUUAAUACUACUUAAUAAUAAAGAGCCAUCCAAAAGCUCAAGUCAUGGCCCCGGAAAAGCAGGCAAAACGAGGCGAGGAGGAGGCGCAGGCCAGGUUGCCGGACCUCAACUUUGUUCGCGACAAACUGCAGAAGUUCCAGUCCAAAAUGCUGCGAGACUUCGACCAGAGGUUGUCCUGCAUGGUGGAGGAUGUCCUGCAGGAUCUACGGCAGCGGGAGCUACGCGCCCACGAGUUCCCCAACUUUGAGAGAACGGAUCGGAAGAGCACCUGGCACAAUCGCGUGAAUAGUGAAGCGGCCACAGACGUCAGUGACUCCCCAAAUGGUCAUGCAAAUGGCACAAAUCCAAGGCCGUCAGCGCCGCAGCACCAAUCCGAAAAAUCCGGCCAAAAACAGCGACGACAACUGCCCGAAAAAGUCUUCGUUGCCCGGGAAUCGUACCUCACUGCUUUACUGCAGGUGGAGCACAUGCGCACCAUUUACCACAUCUUCUACAUUAUUCUGGUCAUGUUCCUGCUAAACGUGAUCUGCUACGACUACUUCGUGGAGGGGCGGAUCGACCUCGGACUGGGCACCAUCCGGGGCGGACUCCGCCGCCUGCACUGGGUGAUGGGCGUCUGGUUGCUGGAACACAUCUUCGUCCUGGCCCUCUACUUCGCUUUCCGCGGAUGGGCUCUGGUCAGGCACAAGCUGAAACCGCACAGUUCCCUCCAGCGUUUCUGGUCGCACAGCUGUCUGAUCCUGUAUAUCAGUUCCCAACUGGUGUUCUGCUUUGUGUCCACUUCCCUUUGCCUGAAGUUCAACCUGCCCUUCGUGAGUGCCUGUGUCCUGCUGCUGGAAAGCACCAGACUUCUGAUGAAGAUGCACGCCUUUGUGAGGUACAAUGCAGAGCGGGUUUUAGCAGGAAAGGUCAAGAAUGAAGAUGCAAAGGAGGAGAAGGAAGUUACUGGAAGACCUUUCGUGCCGCCGCUGAGCUGCUACACUUACUUCCUCUUUGCACCCACGCUCAUCUACCGGGACAGCUAUCCGCGCACCUCGCACAUCCGCUGGAAGUUCGCCCUGAACCGCCUGCUGGAGGUGGUGGCCAUAGCCUUCCUGUACGCCUUCAUCCACGAGCGGCACAUCCACGAGCACUUCGGGCAGUACGGCCUGGAGCCAAUGGGCCCCUCCCAACUCAUCCUCAAGCUCUUCGGCAUGAUGCUGCCCAGUGCUGUGAUCUUCCUGUGCGGAUUCUACCUCAUCCUGCACUCCUGGCUGAACUUCACGGCGGAGCUGCUGCGCUUCGGUGAUCGAAUGUUCUACAAGGACUGGUGGACGUCGCACACGUACGAUGGGUACUACAGAAAUUGGAACGUGGUGGUUCACGACUGGCUGUAUGAGUAUGUGUACAAGGACAUGUACAGGCAUGUGUUCCGGGGCUCCAAGGUGGCCGCUUCGCUGUCGGUGUUUAUGAUAUCCGCACUGGUGCAUGAGCAAGUGUUAGGCUUCGCCCUGCAAAUGUUCUUCCCAGUGAUGUUCUUCUUCUUUGGCGUAGUUGGUGUUGCCCUGGUCUUCAUCAUGCGGAGUGCUCCCAAAGUGCUGGGCAACAUCUUCCUGUGGUUCACGCUGAUCCUGGGCAAUGCUACGCUGAUCUCGCUGUACGCCAUGGAGCAUUACGCGCUGAAAAACUGUGACCUGAGUCGAGAGAGCUGGGCGGAUCACCUGUUGCCGGCGGCAUGGCGCUGCUACAAUUAGUCAAUUAAUUAAUCACUACUUUUAAACUGUCUGUACAGUGUACACAUGGCGUACACUUCGAUUUGUAUUUUAGGUAAAUAAACUUAAUGAAAUUAACAGAAACGA